GUGUAAAAUGUGUUACACUGUAGUUAAGGGCUUCUGCAUCUGCUGUGACAUUUUGGUCUCUUGUUAAAAAAGCUCCAUUUACUACAGCCUGAAGAAUUGAUUGUUCUAUUGUGGUUUGAAGGUCAUGUUACUGUAGUUCUAACCGUUAAAGUCUUUGUUUCAUGUGUCUCUGCGUCAGUUUCCAUUUCAGCGCCUUUUACUUGUUGAUUUAUGCAUUUUGCUUCUUGUUCAUACCACUAGGUGGGCACAUACUGUGCUACCUGGUCCCUGUUCAUCAUUGUUGAUGUUAAUGGCCCUUGUUGUGUUACUGCUCCAGUUAAACCUUGAAGUUUAUGCUCGAAAAUCUUGUAACUAAGCUAAUUUACAACUCUGAUCUCACGCUUCAACCAAGUUUCCUUUAUAAUGCUCUUAUCUGCUAGAUCUAUUUAGGCCCUGAUUUUAUCUUAUUUGCAUUAUUGCACGGAGUUCCCUGCUAGCCACUGGCUACAGACCAACCUGAGAUGAAAUAUUAUAAAUCAGAGAUCACUGGUGUUUCCUCUAGAGAGCAGUAUCUUUACCAUCUCACUUUGGGGAAUCCCCACCAGUAAAAGGGUUCCCCUUGGCUGGCAGCCAGUGAUUCUGGGCCCUAAUGAAGAGCUUGUUCUGCAGCCACACAUGUAAAUGAGAGGUUUCCUGUGGCCUGGCACCCAUUUCCACAUCGAGUGUUUGUAGCCGGUUGUGUCAUGACUAGUGAGAUGGCGCCGCCUUCUACUUGGUGCCAGUCUGCUUCCACACAGUGGUCCGUGUUUUGCUGUCUACUUAGUCUUGCAUUUCCAGUGAUUCUUCACGUAAAAACAAGGGGAAAUGAGAGGUUUGAGUUUCCAGGGUAUUCUGAUGCUCGUAAAAAGUACAUGGGGCAUGGUUGCAGGAUUAACAUUUGGUCACACUUAUGCCUUCAUACACCCCUUGUUUUUGUGUUUAGUGUUUAACCAGAAUGUGGUCUGUUGGUGCUCUCCAUUUUGGUGGGAUGGGGUGUGCAGAGCCUAAGAAACACUUGGCAGAGCUGCAUGAAAGCCUAGUACUUUGUCUGGAAAUACUCUCUAUUUCAGCUCUUCGGUCUCGUCCCCUCAGGCGUCUGUAGAACAUGCCAGCUUUGCUGACUGUCCUGGCCAAGGAAGCUUAUUCACAGGGAGGGGGGCCCAAAAUCCUUUCCUGGGAGUUUUGCCUAUGAAAAUUCAUCGUUGAAGUGUGUUUUUAUUUUUAUUUAACUCGAACGAAAUGUUUUGUUUGGUCUCAGAAUUCAUUGGAGGAAAACGAGUCUGGUGAAAUAAGUGGAUUAUAUCUGGUGCCUUCAUCUGGAGAUGUUGUCUCUAAGGUGCCUGUUUCGGGUUAGUGUUGUGUUCUCUGGGUGUGCCUCGGCAGGAACUUCCCAGUGAGCUCUGCCAUGAUGCCCGAGGUACGGGACCUGUCCGAUGCCCUGCCGGAGCUGCCCAUGGACCCCAUCACUGGGGUUGGGGUGGUGGCCUCGCGGAACAAGGCGCCUUCCGGCUACGAUGUGAUUUCUCAAACGACAGACGGCUUUGAUGCAGACCUGUGGAAGGAUGGCUUGUUCAAGUCCAAGGUCACUCGCUAUCUCUGUUUCACCCGAGUGUUCUCCAAAGAAAACAGCCAUCUGGGAAAUGUGCUGGUGGACAUGAAGUUGAUCGACAUGAAGGACACCCUGCCAGUGGGCUUCAUCCCCAUCCAAGAAACGGUUGACACACAGGAGCAGGCCUUCAGAAAGAGGAGGCUCUGCAUCAAGUUUAUCCCGCGCGACUCCACCGAGGCGGCUAUCUGCGACAUCCGCAUCCUGGGCAGGUCCAAGCAGGCCCCCCCGCAGUAUACCUUCAUCGGGGAGCUGAACAGCAUGGGUAUCUGGUACCGUAUGGGGAAGGUGCCCCGGGCAGAGGAGCCCACCCAGAACCAGUCACCCACCACCCAGCCGGUCACUUCCGCCUCCACGCCCUCGCCGGCCCCCGCACCCAUCCCCAUUCGGCACAUCUCUAUGACACUCCCGGCCAACUUCAGCAGGAAGAGCACCACCCGGCCAGACUACGAGCACCAGAACUCCAACCUGUACGCCAUCUCAGCAAUGGAUGGAGUACCUUUCAUGAUCUCUGAGAAGUUCGCCUACGUCUCCAGCGAUUUGCAGCAGGUUGAUCUGAUGGCCAUUACGAUCAAAUCCCUGGCAGAGAUCGAGAAGGAGUAUGAGUACAGCUUCCGCACGGAGCACAGCGCCGCGGCCCGCCUGCCCCCGAGCCCCACGCGCUCUCAGCUCAGCUCGGAGUCCUGAGCAGGCGACGACCCAGACGGGGGAGGGCGGGGCCCCGGAGCACAGCGCACUCACACUACUGAGAACGAGCCAGUAGCAUUGGCCGGGCGGAGGAGCGAAGGUGCCUCCCGCAGCCCCCCUCACCCUCCCAAGCUUGGAUGUCCUUUUUUUUAUUUUUUUAUAUACAAAAAAGACCAGUUUCAAAUUCGUGUUGUGAAACGCGGAAAGAGAGAGAGCGAGAAACUGCUGACACGAAGCCCAGAGCCUACAGCUGUGGUCACCUGCCCUCCUGAGCCUAUCCACUGCACCCUUUAUCCUGUGUCUCUGCGGGUGUUGGCUGGAGCUUCGAGACAACAGGACAGAAAUGUCCAAACCGUGGUGUGUGAACUCCCUAAAAACCACUAUGCGGAACAGAUCAGACCAGAACGAGGCCUGGACUGACCCUGACCCUACCUUAAAUUGUGCAUGGCCUGGCUUGCCUCCUCAUUCUCUCCACUUCUAGUCCGUCUGUCACUCCUGGUCUUGGGUGGCUUGGGAAAGAGUGUGGAGUGGCGUAGAGUCCCAGCUUGUACCUGUGAGGGCCGCAGGGCCCCCAGAGAGACAGUGCAACAGGAGGAGAGGCACCUGUGUCCCCAAGCUGUCCCCUCUCCUCUUGCCACUGUCACUUUUAGCUUUUUAUCGUCGCGUCUGAAGAUGCUUCCCUAGCCGACAGCUGAAGUUUAACCACAGGCGGCCCCAGACUGGGGGGGUGUUCUGUGCCUAAAGCUGUUUUAAGCCCCUGGGCAGCCUGCUUUUGCCUUUUAGUUUUAACCCUGUCACUUUUUAACUCCAGACUAUUUAUGCUUAAUGGAUUAAUUGUUGUGCUUUUAUUAUUUUUUUUAUUAUAUACUUUUUGCACUGUAUCGAAGUUUUUUGUUUUCACGCCUUUCAUUCUGAGCCAUUUUCUCAGCAACUCCACCAGUGUAAUUACUUGCAUCCUGUCACUCCUGUUUAAAAAAUUAAAUGGCAUAUUGUUGGGGCGGGGGGGGUGGAGUUUGCCGGUUGGGAUCGGCCGAUGGAUGAGAGUGUCGAGAUGAAACCGAAGUCCAUCCUCUCUGUGUGGAGAGACAUCAAAGGGAUUCGUUGCACCACUGUAAUGACGGAAGUUUACUCCUGGAAUGAAAACAUCGGUUUGAAUAAUCACGUUUUGUCUUUCCUCUUCGAAAUUUGUCAACACAAGGGGAAGUUCUCCUGAGAGAUGUGGGCACGGCAGCCUUACAACUGCUCUUUCCGUCUCACAGAAAACCUUAAUGCUGCUUUUCAUGUUAUGUGAACAAACCAGUUUUUAAUUACAGAAAAACUGUAAAUGUCUGUUGAUGCAACAGAUUUUACGUCCCUAUGCCACAUAUCAAACGAUUAGUGUCCUUAAGAUCGCGCUCCUAGAAUGACACCUGCAGCUUGCUGCUUUUAAAUUGUACUCGUUUGAUCUGUUUUGGUUUUUUCGUAUGAACAUUAAAGUGCAGAGAUCUCCCCAGUUCCACUGAGGCCUAUCCCUGUCAUAGCCGAACGUAUCAUUUAGUGUUUCUCUUCUGUUCUCAGGCACUGUGAUUGUUCCCAGGUCUCGUUGUUAGGUCCUCCCCCACAUUGUAAACAUUGUUUACAUUUUAGUCACAAAAGCAACCAUUACCUCGUGCACCACCUUCUCACAUUCGAUUAAUUUUCCUCAUUCUCCCAUUCACAAAACGACGGCAUUCCCAUGAGCGCCGUCCUGUACCGAGGAGCAAAUUACGCUUUUUUUUUUCCAGUAACAAGCAAACACUGCCACUGUUCACCUGGCUGACCUCAGCAGAUGCUACCAGACGAACAUGCUCUGACUUUAAUGCCGUCUCUGGUGCUCGGGCCACAUGAACCAGCCCUGCCCUCUUUCUACGUUAAACCCACUGGGCUGAACCUGUGAGCUCUCUCUCCUCGUUCUUGCUGACCACUCGCAUGCUGUUUACAGAUUGCCUUUCUUUUCGUGCACAAACUCUGCCCCAACGCUGCAUGAGUGUUUUCUCUUCUGUAUCAAGCAAUUUAUGAACAUUUCAAAAUGGAUGUGAGAUAGAGGAGAGUUAUGCAGAUCAUAUGCUUUGUCGUUUUUCCAUAAAUGUGACAUUAACAUAAAUGGGGGGAGCUGGGGUGAAUUCCUUACAAAUUAAAAAUACAUUUCUAUACUCUUUUGUGAAGCAUUAACAGACUUCCCUGUUACUGGUUCUGAGUCCCCCCCCCCCCCCCCCGAGAGACUGAUACCUCCAUAGGCGAUAUUUUUUACGUCUUCAUGUAACCCGCUGCCCAGCUGAUCCCACAGCCCCACAUUGGCUGGUCUGUAACACAGGGAUCCGAAGCAUCUCCGCUUGUACCAGCCAGCGUCUGGGCUGACUGAUGCCACAUGUGCGUUUUCAGAGGUGGACACAGGUGGCGCCGUUGUGUGCAGCCGCUCGUCACCAGUUGUUAAAAAUGAUGAUAAAUCUGGAUCACCAGCAGCCACUUCUGUUGUAUUUUCCAUAUUUGGUCUGCUUCUUUGGAGGCUGUGACUUAUCAAAUUAGUUUUACUAGCAGCGUGCAAAUGUUCUUGGUUUCUCUUGGUACCUACCGGGUCGUCGUCAACAGCACAGAGACCGCCUGAAACGCUACUGUAAAACGGUCUUAGUUUGCAGCGUCAGUGAUGUGGCUUCAGUACCGCGCAGACUCUUGCGUCAUGGAACGUCGUUUGUGUGUGUGUGUGUAUAUAUAUAUAUUUUUUUAAACAAUACGAAUGGAGUAUUUCUCUCCUGUGGUUCCAUUUUAAAGUAACUAGUCAAGAGCAGCCCCCCUCCCCACAACCAUUAAUCUGAGGCCCGCUUUGUCCUACAGUUUAGAUCAAAGGCUCGUGCCAAUUGUGUCAGUCUGUUUGGGAAUGUUUAAAGUAAGGAUAUAGAAAAAUAAAAUCUUCAAAGGAGCAGACUUUUCAAUGGUGAUGUGAAAUGAGGCUGCAGUGCGGACUCCCCUGGGGAGGGGCUGUGGUCACUGGGAAGGUUAAAGGUCGCCUGGGAGGGUGUGGCGCAGGUGAUCGUCACAGUUCCCCGCCGAGGCCGUUUUGAGCAGAUUCAUACAAUCGAACUGGGUUUUCCCCGUGCUGGUGUUGCAGGAGCCCUUCCCUGUGAUCAUACAUCAGGCUUUAUUAUGUUCUGAAAGAGCUGCUCGGGCCGAUAUGUUUCAAAAUACCACCAUUCCUCUGCCGGCCGGUUCUGCGGAGUAACUUGCGUGUCAGGGCUGUUCCAAAAAGCCUUACUUUACAGUUUUGGCCAGUGUGCCCCACCUCCAGCUCGAUCCUGAGUGCCUUGGCAGUGUGACCAUCUCGCACAUAGUAAAACUCUUGGAGAAGCUGAGAUUUAUUUUCCUUUUCCCCCAUUUUUUUAUUCUGAGGUAAAACAAUGGAAAUGGUGCAAGUUUAUCGUUCAGUUGUGGUUGGUCCCUGUGCUCAUCGUCGCAUUUGGCCGUUACUCUGUUUUCCUGGGAUCACAAAAGUCUUAGUGCUGUGAUUUUAAUUGAACCUGGGCCUCUGAAAGUGUCCCAUGGUCACCUUGUCGUCUUUGUAAAUGUGGGGUGUCUUCUGUAAAUAGCUGCCGUGACAGUGUACCAUCUGAUCUGUCACCCCCCCCCCCCCCAUGAACCUGUGAUGAAGCAGGCGUAUUUCUGUGAUUGCCAAAACCGAACCACGAGAUGCUCGACUGGAAUGGGCCACCUUGUGCAGAUUGAAUGGGGAUGCUGGAAGAGGUUUGCAUGUUUUCUGCAGCCAAGAUCCAUGUAUGAACCACAAAUGUGUGAUAUAUAUAUAUAUAUAUUAAAAAAACUUGUAGGAA